AUCAACAUGGCAGCCUACAUAUAGCAUGUGAAGGUCAAACGGCUGUUGGUUAAACAAGUCAUAUUUGACAUGUUAUCUUACUAAUCGGAUACAAAACAACAGAUUUUGGAAGUGGUUUUCUCAGAAAUAAAGCUGAUACACUCGGGAUGAUUUGAGAGCAUUCGUUACACCAUUUUCAGAAGAGGCAGCCACAUUGAGGUUGUUUACUGCUGGUGUCAUCAUGGUUGGCCGGGAGAUCAAGAGGUCACAGUAUCUGAGGGGGACACAGGCAUUCAAGGCUCGGAACUGGUUCAUCUUCACAGCGAUGACAUCCUCCAUCCUCUCUGGAAUUGCCAUGAUGUACUACUUCAAUGAUGACAUGACUCGGCUUUAUAACAAACUGGAGAAGAACAGGGAAUGGAAACAGCAGCGUCAGGAUCGACUCAAAGAAAUCUACCAGCGCCGAGCUUGCGAGAAGAAGGAGUAGAUCUGUUUCUACGUGCAAUGAAUUUGUAAUGCUAUAAGUUGACCAGAUUGUAUGACCAUUAAUCGUGUAUUGUGGAUUGACAUUGUAAAGUGGAGCUGACUUUGUAUAGUGGAGAUCAUUGCAAGUGAUCGGGCGUUGUUGGAUCAAGUCAUAACCUGGGAACGAUUCAGCUGGUAAAAGCAAGUUGACCACUGAAGGUGAAUGGAAAAGAAUUGUAGCCUUAGAUGUUUUUCGUCACCUAGCAACAGCACAGGAUUGAGGAGUUCUGGCGAACUGAAGAAAUACUUGACGAGAUGGAGAAGACGAAGGAAGGAAGACAGUCGGGAAGUUCCGUGGAGGAAGAUGGAGGCAGCACUGACUCCGCAGCCGCUGCAGCGAGAUCACUUGGCAUGAAGGCAGCAAAGAAGGGCAAGUUGUCCCUCCAGAGGCCAAACGCCGCAGACGGCAAACUGAGGAUGCCCGCUACCUCUGGAGCUGAUCUGGAUGAAACUGGAGACUUCAAGGACGGACACAUGUUCUGUAUGACCAGUGUCCUCCGGAAACACAGCAGGGCAACGUCAAGUAGCAAACACGGGGAUGGAGCAGCGCUUAGUAGACAGAGGCAUGGAGCCUCAAGCAGUAAACACACUGAUGGAGCCUCACGAAGUAAACACACUGAUGGAGCCGGAAGCAGUAAACACACUGAUGGAGCCGGAAGCAGUAAACACACUGAUGGAGCCGGAAGCAGUAAACACAGCGAUGGAGCCGGAAGCAGUAAACACAGCGAUGGAGCCGGAAGCAGUAAACACAGCGAUGGAGCCGGAAGCAGUAAACACAGCGAUGGAGCCGGAAGCAGUAAACACAGUGAUGGAGCCGGAAGCAGUAAACACAGCGAUGGAGCCGGAAGCAGUAAACACAGCGAUGGAGCCGGAAGCAGUAAACACAGCGAUGGAGCUGUGAGUAACAAGAACAGUGGGAGUGACUUGUUAGUUGUUGCCAGGAAAAAAAAGACAGUUGAAUCAAGAAGAGAAAAAAUGAGUGAGAUGAACAGAGCUGAAGAGGAUGAAGGUAGAAACAGGACUGUGAAGACAGUCGGGGACAUUGAUGGGAAACAGCAGCCAGCAAAGUCUGGCAAAGCUGGUGAUGCUGACGGGACAGUUGAGGAGGUGGGCGCAGGAGUGGUCAGUGCGGGGUCAGGAGGAGUGGUCAGUGCAGGGGCAGGAGGAGUGGUCAGUGCGGGGGCAGCAGGGCCAAACGUGCGGAGUUGUCCCACAUGUAAACACCUGAUGGCUGACAGGGUUUUCAAAGACCACAUCAAGGAGUGUCUGCAGCAGUUCCACAUCCGCACCAAGGACAGGAGACGGAGAGUUGAAGUCAUGUUUGCUCUGGAGGAUGAGAAGAUCAAGCGACGGCGCAACCGGUUUUUGGUGAAGGAAAAUGGCGGCGAUGUGGUGACAGAUGAUGACUAUUUCCUAUGUCAGAUCUGUCAGAAGGAUCUGUCACACAUGAACUCCCAGCGACGGACACAGCACAUGAACCGUUGUAUCGAUGAGGCUGAGAUGAAAGAAGACAAACUCGAAGUGGAGCAACAAUCGGGGAAGAGUGCUCAGUCGAUUGUUUUGGACUGCCCUAUGUGUGGUAAACCACUGAAAACAGAAUCUAGUCGGAAGGUGCACCUGAAGCAGUGUGCACGGAUGUUGAACGUGAAGACAGGAAUGAUGCUGCAGGCCGUGAAGGCCCAGGAGGAUGAGCACCAGGUGAAGAUGGCCGCCGGGAUCACCCAGCAGGCCAGCAGGGAAGUUCCAAGGAAGAAGACAGCCGCUGGAGCCCCAGGGAAAAAACUAACAAAGAAGAAAGCUAAGGGGCCGAUGGAUGAGGACACACAGCUGGCCAUGGCGCUGUCCUCCUCGCUCGCCGAAGAGGAGACAAAGAAGGAACAGGCUCUGAUUGGUCAGUUGAAUCUACGAGGAAUUGCCAACAUCGCCCAGAAAGACAGGAAGGAGGCCAAGAAGACCAGAAAAAAGAAAGACCAACAGGGGCUGCCACCACCACUGUUACUUCAGUUGUCCAAGACAGAGGCACAGCAGAGAAUAGCAGACAAAGUCACCCAGCUGAUUGUGCCCCAGGUUUCUUUGGAUGAGCCGCACUCAACCCCUCCAACAGUGAACUCAAGAUUGCCGGACUUGCCGGGGACAAAGGUGUUUGUGAUGAGAGAAGAAAACAGUCAGUCCAUCAGUAUGCUGUGGCGGAGGACAGCCCUGCAGGUGGACAACACUGACGGUCAAGACGCCCGCUCCCUGUACUACACUGAGGCCCUGAUGCCACCAGUCUGUGUGUCCGACAUUGUGGCCGGCAGCAAGCUGAAGCACGUGUCCCAGAUCCCAGGGCGGAGGAGGUCAGAGGAGCUGGAACAGAGCUGUCAGGAAGGCCAUACAAGCCAGGUAGCAGAGAACAUAACAUGUACGCCAACCGCGAUGUUGCUAGCAGAACUGGCCGCCGAGGCAGGGGACAGCAGUUGUGAUGUCAAGAGCGAUGCUGAUGGGGGCGAGGACGACAAGGUUGCUGAUGGGGAUGAGGAUAAAGCUGCUAAGGAUGCUGUUACCCCUGACGCCAGUGGAUUCUGUCCCGAGGAGCUGGUUCACAUAAACAAGGAGGCGUGUGAUGAGGCCAUGUCGGCCCUACAGCGCCACUACCUCAACCUGGUGGAUCAGGAACAGUCCUCGGAUGUUGCCAUAGAAACCAGAGACCACAGUGUUGUCCACGCCCAUCGGCUCAUUCUGUCAGUCAGGUGUCCUCAGCUGUUGAAGCUGACCAGGCGCGGUGACAUUGUCCACCUCUUGAACUCCUCCCGAGAUGCGGUGCUCGCAGUGAUGAAGUUUGUGUAUGGUGGCGCCAUCUGUCUGCAGCCCAGUCUCAUCUCGGAGGUCAAAGCCCUGGCCCAACAGCUCUGUGUCACAGAUCUCACUGCCUUUUGUGAUGCAAGUCAGGUGCUUCAGCAAACAGACAUGCAGACAGUCACACAGACAGACAUGAAGACAAAUCAGGCCGAGAGCAGGGCACACAGACUUACCAGCAUCGAUGAUAUCUGUCAUGACAUGUUCAGUGACUCUGACUUUGACCUUGACCCUCAAGGUGAGAAGGGUGCUUGUAAGGAGGGAGGAGGAAGUAAGAGCGACGAGGAUGAGUGGAGGGAGGUGUACUGUUCCCAGCGGCAGCAACUGCAUCGCAGGCUGAGUUUGGGAGAUGUUGUUGUCAAGGAUGAUAUCGAGGAAGUAGGGGACUUUGGUCGACACAGAGGAGAAUUGGACACAGUGGAAUAUGUGGAAGAGGAGGUUGGAGAUGGACCUGCGCUGACAGGACACAGCUCUGCAGGUCCCAUGCAUGGAGCAGAUCCAGGGGACAGACCUGCUCAUAACUCCAUUGAUAGAAAAUCGACAAGAAAGCCCUCCAAGACAGAUCCACACAGUGGUGAAGAGGAGCUGUUCAGUGAUGAUGAAGAAGUUGAGAUGGAUUUAUUGUUAGACACAUCUGUCUCGGAUAAUGAUGUCCCAGAUAUAGAUGUCCCAACCAUGAGACAUAACAGGACAUGUGACCGAAGAAGCAAACACCCAGGUCCUGGUUCAGCAACAGACCCUGGGUUUGAGUCUCAUGAAGCUGAUGAGAAACACUCCCAUGGAUCUGAUGACUUUGAAAUAAUCCAAAGUGGGUCCAGUUCCUCAGAGGAGGGCAACAGUGAUGGAAGUCAAGGUCAACAAGGAACAAGGGAAGAAACAGUCUCCAGGAUAUCCCAGUAUGUAGCUAUGUCGCCUUUCAGGUCUCCAGACAAGACAGAACCCAGUCGGUGCCGGUAUGUAGCUAUGUCGCCUGUCAGGUCUCCAGACAAGAUAGAACCCAGUCGGUGCCGGUAUGUAGCUAUGUCGCCUGUCAGGUCUCCAGACAAGACAGAACCCAGUCGGAAGGCAGGAUCAGCGAAGAGGAAGCGAGCACCAUCCGACCAGGAACUGGUGGCAUCUCCAAUACUGAGCAAGAAAACUCAUCCACACAGCGUGACACCACAGACCAAGCAGUCCCCCAAGAGGCUGAAGAUGUUGACGCCCGACAGAGUGGUAUCAAAUCCAGGUAAAGGUCAAGGCCAUUCUGACAAAAAGAUAAAAAUGUCCACAACCAAUCCAGGUGUCACUAAAGUUAAGUCAGAUGAACACAUGAAGAUGUCUACCCCUCUGGACCGAUCAGGUCAAGGUCACUCUGUGGUGGAGCAGGACUCUCUGUACAUCACCCCAAUCCCCAAUCAGCGACAGCGGUCGACCUUCAUGUUGGAGACCCCUGCACUGACCAAUCUGAGCCAAGGUCUUUCCAUGGAUGGGGACUUUGUGGCGACACCUGUAGGCAGGAUAGUUCAUAGCCAUUCAGGGCAGGAAAUUCUGGUUCAUCUUAAUGGGUCUUACUUGGCAGAGAACCAGACAGAUGCUGACAAAAAUGAAUCAGGGAUGCAAAACGACGAUUGUUCCAGGGUAGCAUGCCCUGUUGUUGAGAAGGAGAACACAAGGUCAGUAGAUGCAGAAACAACAGCAGCCUCCGGAACUGAUGUGGAAUCAGGACGGAGUCGAAAUAAUAAUUAUUCAGGCCAGAAUCCACACACAAAGUCAUCAAAUGGGAAUCAAAGUUCCAAGUCCUCAGGAGUGAAUCACAAGACCCUAUCACCUGGCAAGAAGUCUGUGGAUUCCUCUGAUUCUGACCUUGAGAUAGUUGGAGACAACUUCCAGUUGCUCUCACAGUCUUCCUUCUCUCCCAAGUUUCCCGGCAAGUUCAGCUUUAAGAAGAUUUCCUCCCAGACCAGAAAGUUGAGUAGAAAGAGAAGGCCAAGUCUAUAUCCUCAUUGCCAUGGAGACAAUGAGGAGGGGAGGAAGCUGGAGGCUGAUGGUCGGAACAGUCAGGAGGAAGAAGACAAGAAUGUCCUUAUGUCUGCUGUUGGCAUGGUGACAGAUUGUGGUGAUGCUGCAGAGGAGUCAGCACGGAUGCACCGGUCUCCUAACACAGACCAGCAAGAUGUUGACGAUGUUGUUGAUGACCCUGGUGAUGUUUGGGACGGCUGGGAUGACAUGGAUGCCGCCUGCCACAUCGAACCCCUCUGUGAUGCUGAUACGGAGGAGUCACCUCAGAAAAGAAAUAGAAGUUCACCGACAACCCCGGGGAAGAAGCACUAUACCCAUAAAAGACGCAUCUCCAUGGAUAUGAUAGAGAAGAAGAAAAAGGUAUCCCUGGCAACCCCAGGAACAUCAGCUGAGCAUGGCCACACAACAAGUGGACAGACAUCAGACGAUGAAGAUUCUUUACCUUCACCAGGGAGAGUUGAGGCAGGGGAAGCAACUCUGGACUUUGAGUUGCCAGAUGCUGACAGCUUCCUGUGGAAUGAUGAUAAUGUUCCAGACAUGGCGCCAAGUCUCCAGGUGGAGGAUAACAAGGGGAGACAACUCCAGCAGGCUGCCAACUUCAAGACCCCCGUGUCGGCUAGACCAACAAAGUCGGCCAAGAAGCUGGUACCACCAUCGCCGUUCACGCCGAUGCCAGACUACGACACCAUGAACACCCCACAACUAAAGCAACAAGUGGGGAAGUUUGGAGUGCGGCCGGUGGGGAAGAAACGGAUGGUUGGCCUGUUGAAGGACAUCUACCACAAGACUCAUCAGUAUGAGACCGACAGUGAUUUUGACCCAGAGAAGUCCUCACCACAGAAGUCCACAGACAGACCCAGUAAGUCCUCUAUGACCAAGGUUGAUGCCGGAGACAGACCCAGUAAGCAUUCUGUAGCCAAGGUUGGCGCCGGAGACAGACCCAGUAAGCAUUCUGUAGCCAAGGUUGGUGCCGGAGACAGACCCAGUAAGCCUUCUGUGGCCAAAGUUGGUGCCGGAGACAGAUACAACAACGUUAGUGUUUCCGAGUCCUCUACAUCUGAAGAAGGAAGCACUCAGCGAAGUGUGACAUCAUCGCAAGAAUCAGGGUUUAGUGACGUCCCGGAGGAGAGCUUCAUGGUGGCUGAUGAGGAGAUAUCAGCAUCACAGCAGAAAUCUUUGUUUGUCUUACAGGGGAACCAGCCGGACUUACAGCAGAAGCUGGCCUCGUUCAUCAGGCAGAGGUCCGACAUUCACACAAAGCUCAUGAUGUACGAGCCACUAGAGCUGGACUGGCUGAAGCGGGAGAUCCAGGAUGCCGGCAUCAAGUGCCCCAUGCAGAAACUGAUGGACUUUCUGGACGAGAAGUGUCUCACAUUCACCAUGAAGAAGAUGAGCAAGAGGAAUACGAACAGACGACAACCCAAGCGCAAAAAGAAGGUCAAGCUCCCUGCAGCAGCUGUGUGAUGUUCUCCAGGGAAUGUGGGACAUUCUCGUGGGAAUAUGUGAUGCUCUCUGGGGAAUAUGUGAUGUUCUCUAGGGAAUAUGUGAUGCUCUCUGGGGAAUAUGUGAUGCUCUCUAGGGAAUAUGUGAUGCUCUCUGGGGAAUAUGUGAUGUUCUCUAGGGAAUAUGUGAUGCUCUCUGGGGAAUAUGUGAUGUUCUCUAGGGAAUAUGUGAUGCUCUCUAGGGAAUAUGUGAUGCUCUCUAGGGAAUAUGUGAUGUUCUCUAGGGAAUAUGUGAUGCUCUCUAGGGAAUAUGUGAUGCUCUCUAGGGAAUAUGUGAUGCUCUCUGGGGAAUAUGUGAUGUUCUCUAGGGAAUAUGUGAUGCUCUCUGGGGAAUAUGUGAUAUUCUCUAGGGAAUAUGUGAUGCUCUCUAGGGAAUAUGUGAUGCUCUCUGGGAAAUAUGUGAUGCUCUCUAGGAAUUUGUGAUGUUCUCUAGGGAAUAUGUGAUGUUCUCAGGGGAAUAUGUGAUGCUCUCAGGGGAAUAUGUGAUGUUCUCUAGAAAAUAUGGGACAUUCUCAAUGCAAUAUGUGAUGCUCUCUAGGGAAUAUGUGAUGUUCCCUGGGGAAUAUGUGAUGCUCUCUGGGGAAUAUGGGACAUUCUCUAGAAGAUAUGUUACAUUCUCAAGGGAAUAUGUGAUGCUCUCUGGGGAAUAUGUGAUGCUCUCUGGGGAAUAUGGGACAUUCUCUAGAAAAUAUGGGACAUUCUCAAGGGAAUAUGUGAUGCUCUCUGGGGAACAUGUGAUAUUCUCUAGGGAAUAUGUGAUGCACUCUGGGGAAUAUGUGGUGUUCUCUAGGGAAUAUGUGAUGCACUCUGGGGAAUAUGUGAUGCUCUCUAGGGAAUAUGUGAUGAUCUCUAGGGAAUAUGUGAUGCUCUCUGGGGAAUAUGUGAUGCACUCUGGGGAAUAUGUGAUGCACUCUGGAGAAUAUGUGAUGCUCUCUAGGGAAUAUUUGAUGCUCUCUAGGGAAUAUGUGAUGCACUCUGGGGAAUAUGUGGUGUUCUCUAGGGAAUAUGUGAUGCUCUCUGGAGACAUUCUCUAGAAAAAAUGCGACAUUCUUAAGGGAAUAUGUAAUGUUCUCAAGGAAAUAUGUGACACUGACUACAGAAUAUGUGACAUCUCCAGGAAUCAUGUUUCCCUCAUAUGAUGACACGAGAGACCUCUCCGAUGAUGACACGAGAGACCUCUCCGAUGAUGACAUGAGAGACCUCUACGAUGAUGACAUGAGAGACCUCUCCGAUGAUGACAUGAGAGACCUCUCCGACGAUGACACAAGAGACCUCUCUGAUGACAUGAGAUACCUCUCCGAUGAUGACACGAGAGACCUCUCUGAUGACAUGAGAGGCCCCCUCUGCUAUGAUGUUUCCACCUCACCAGCAUGUGGACGGUCUGUCUUGUGUUCAGUCUGUGUCUGCAAGGGAGCCAGCAUUACAGAACACUUCAGUUGUAGUUGUUUCUGGAGUAAGAACUAUUGGUGGAGUUUGUUUUACUUAGUCAGUUCUUCACUUUUAAGGUUCAAGUAGCACAUGUUUUAAGAAGAAUUCCAUCCUUACGGAGUAUGGAGUUAUGUCUCUUUAAAGUCAUUAAAAUAAUAUGUUAGUGCUCGUUACCGCUAAAUCAAAGAUCUGAGGACAUCCCAUUACAGGUCACGUCAGAAUGACCUUUCAUGAAAUGACUAACAAGAAGUCGACAUUAGCCAAUCAGAAAGCACAUACUCAAGCUUAGUGGCACAAGUUUCAAAGUGGCCACUUCCAUUGCAGACUACACUUGGAAGCAAAUUUUGUGAAAUUUCUUUCUUUUUUAAACCAAAGAAAAUUCUGGAAUGUUUAAUAGGUGGCCGAGAUUGUAUAGCAAUACUUCUUAUGGGAGAUGGAAGUGUCUUCUUCUUAAAAUGUUCAUCCCUUUGAAGCAAGACGAUGAUUUUGACAGAAUCAGUCAUACAUCCCACAACUGUCGUUUGGAAUAAACUGUGGUAACAUUUCCGAUGUUGCAUGAUUAGAAAUAUUAAUAAUUAUUGAUUAAUAAUGAUAAUAAUGAUAUACGCAUUUGUAUAGCGCAGCAUUAACUGUGCAUACAUGCUCUAUGUGCUGACAUUCUGACUGUCACUUUCCUGAUCUUUGAAAGCGAUGCUCUGAUUGGUCGGUUGAAAGUUCAUUCUAAGGUGACCUUUAAUCAAAUGUCCUCAGAUCUUUGUUUAGUGGUAGCAAGAACUAAGAUCUGAUUUUACUGAGAUUGAUGAUACUUCUGUUCAGUUGAUGUAGGAAAUAAUAAUUAAUUACUAGUUUUUUUAUUUAUUCCCAAUGACUGAUCAGUCUUUCACUUUCAAGAUUUGUCUAAUAUGCAUCAAGGAAAGCAGACAAUUGAUAUUAUUUUCAAUUUAUUUUUGUUGAAAUUAUUUUGUAAUUUUAAUCAAUAAUUAAUUGUUUACAACAAAAUCCCUGUCAUCAGCCAUUGUGGACCAAGACUUUUGUACCACCCAACCCUGGCCUCGGGUACAGGUGCUGAAGUUUGUAUUUAUUACUGAGAGCUGUUUUGAUAAAUAGGUUUCAAGAUG